AUGAACGAGGCGUACGCCUUCUCCGCAACGCUGUCCGACUGUUCCAAGAAGUUACUCUUCCGGGACUCUCCUGUGCUGAGCGCCAAGAUCUGCGUUUCCGCGAUGCUGCAGCUGGCCCCGGCUGCCAUGGGCCACUUGCUUCUCAGGGCCAUCGGGCGUAUGGACAUGGUGAAGCAGGCUGCCGCGCUCACCGAGCACAUCCGCAACGCCUCCGUGCGCUCCUUCCGAAGCCUCGCCUGGAUGGACGCGAACACUUCAAAGGCGAAUGUGGACAGGAUGACGAGUCUCGUGAUUGUGGACGGAAUCACGACUCACCUGCUACAGCCGGGUGCCGCCGACCGAAGCUACGACUUCCUGCCUUCCUUCUCGAGGGACGCGGGCGCCUUCGGUGACCAGCUACUCGAGGCUCGCCGGCGCCGCUUCCGCAAGCUCCGGCGCCUCAUGUACACCGACCCGGAGAAGAUCAAGCGCCGCAGCGAGAUGCUGCUGCCGGUCAUGACAGUGAACGCCUACUACAUGCCGGUCUUCAACGUGGUCGUCCUUUCCGGGACAAUACUGCAGUCGCCGUUCGCGAUGGACGCUGAUGUGCCGGCCAUCAACUUUGGCAGCCUGGGCCGCGUCAUCGGACACGAGCUGUCCCACGCGUUCGACGCUACCCAUUCGACCCUUGACCAGCACGUGCAGCCGCUGAUGCUCUACAGCCCGUCCUCGCACAAAGAGUUCCUCACCCGCCUCGCCUGCCUUGCCAAGCAGCAGAUCAACGACGCUUCGGGCAGCCAGACCUUGGGCAACAACUCCAUCUCGGAGGCAUUCGCCGACAACGCGGGCCUCGAGAAGGCUCAGCUGGCAUUCAAGGCGCUGCUGCAGCAAGAGUCCGAGGUGAAGCUGGGUGGCGAUGGGCCUGCAGCUUCGUUGGGCUACACAGCGCAGCAGCUGUUCUUCGUCAGCGGCUGCUUGAUGUUCUGCUCCGGCCAAGGCUACACGUUCAGUCAGAACGCCAUCUACCCGCCCCCGUUCCUGCGCUGCAACGCGCCCGUGAUGAACACGCGCGAAUUCGGGGUUGCAUUCGGCUGCCCCCAGGGCACGCCCAUGAACCCCAUCAUUCGAUGCAACUUCCACUAA